AUGAGCACCGGAACACCUUAUAUUGGAAGUAAAAUAAGUCUAAUAUCCAAGGCCGGGAUUCGUUAUGAGGGCAUUUUGUAUACAAUCGACACGGCUAACGCGACGGUGGCUUUGGCAAAGGGUGAGCUUUCCCAUCAAUUGAAGAGUUUGUUUGGCAAACGCUCCACGUUUGGAAUGAACUCUGGCACACUGCGUUUGGGCCUACAUGCCUUGGGUAACAAUCUACUUCCAAAGGUACAAUCUUGUCAUCUUUUUUCACAGUUAAAUCAUUCGGGACAGAAGGCCGUCCUACAGACAGACCAGUGCCACCCAAAGAGGACAUUUAUGAAUACAUAAUUUUCAGAGGGAGUGACAUCAAGGACAUAACGGUGUGUGAGCCGCCUAAACCACACCAUGGUUUACCUCAGGACCCUGCCAUUGUACAGGUAGGAGACAUGGGCCAAUACAUCAACUCUGCUAAGAAUAAAUAUCACAUUGACGUCCAUGCAUAUGAUAAAGCACACAUAGCCAUAAUAAUACAGUCCCGUGUAGCUCAGUUGGUAGAGCAUGGCGCUUGCAACGCCAAGGUUGUGGGUUCGUUUCCCACGGGGGGCCAGUAUGAAAAUGUAUGCACUCAGUAACUGUAAGUCGCUCUGGAUAAGAGCGUCUGCUAAAUGACUAAAUUGUAAUUGUAAAUUGAUAAGACAUAAGCAUUUGUUUGCGUUUCCUUUUUGUAGUCGUCGAUUGGGAGUUCCUUAACCACAUACCCGUCCCAGGCCCCAUACAGUCCCUACAGGAGUAUGGUACCUUCCUAUAACCAACUGGCUGCCAACUCUCUACUCAACCAGCAGUAUGCUGCUUCCCUGGGUCUGGGUGAGUGAAACUGUGUUGGAGACCCUAAUAAACACACAGCCACCUUCAUGAUGUACUGUUUUUCAAGAUUUCAUCAUAAUAGCCCCUGAACUGCUGAGGCCCUUAUACUUAACUGCUAUUUAACACAUUUUAACUUUGUCUCCAUGUAGUGUCUAAUCUUAAGAAUUCUGGAAAACUGUACCAGAUCUCUUAACCUCUUUCCCCAUGUAUUGCUUGGCCUGCCUUAGGAACAGGACUUCACUGCCUUCCAGCAAGAAGAGGCCCGAUGGUAGAGCAGGCUGUCCAGACUGUACCAGCUGAGAAUGCUGCCGAAAAAAGGGGCCAGUCUGCCUCCCAGCAGCAAGGCAGAGAGUCUGGUUGGCCUUCCCAGCACUCUGGCAGAGAUGGCCCUCCGUCUCAGAGGACCGCUUCCAGUGGUAAGCUCAGACAACCGGAUUGAGGGCUUCUGGUAAUGCGUGGUACAUAGUUGGAGUACUCUCAACAGGAACACCUGGGUUGUGUUCAUUAGUUGGAUUCAUUGCAAAACUUUUCAUAUUUUGCAAACAUCUUUGCAACGGAAACCGUUUACUCUACGAACCAAACGGAAGCAAACAGCAAAUAACCAGCGGGACCUACCUGAAUUUGUCCAACAAACACUUGUUUUCAGAGUAAAUGGUUUCCAUUGCCAAAUGUUUUGCAACAGAAUACAACUAAUGAAUACAACCCUGUUCUGGAGUGUUUUUACUCCUGCUUUAUGAAUUCCAAUCAAUUGAGGGAGCAAGAACUUUAAAUUGCACUUGUUUUAUGAGUAAUGUGAUGGCAUGAAACUAUAGUUGGUGACGCUGUCAUGAUUUUAAAAUGUAGAUGUUGUGGUGCCCCUCUCAUCCCUUGUCAAUGUUUAGGUCAAACAACACUGCGUGGCACAGCCCAGGAACAAAGGCAAGGCAAUGACGAGAACCGCAGACCACCGAGACGAAGACAGGGUAACUAGCAAUGUCAUGGUCUGUUGUAGAGGUUUGCUUUCAUAUUUGUUGUUAAUGUCUAAAUGUAUCAAUAUGCUCACAGGCAAUCGUAGGUCAAGGAACCGUGGGAGAGGUCAGCUUCUUGUAGGAAACUCAAAAGCCAGAACCUUACAAUUUGAGUCUGACUUUGAUUUUGAAACCGCCAAUGCUCAGUUCAACAAAGAUGAACUCGAGAAGGAGCUUCAGGAAAAGUUGACCAUCAAAGGUACCUGCAUGCAAAGUGAUUACCCAAGUAUUCCAAAUUUGAGAAACAAAUGUUGCUCAGUGAAAUACUGUAUGUGUAACUAUGAUUGUCAAUCUAGGCACUAAGUUGCUUAACUGUAGAGAUAAAAAUGAAACAUGUCAAUCUUUAACCACACCUAAAAUAAUUAUAGAAUUUGGAGUUGGUAGCCUUUCUCUUUUAAUCCCUAUAUAAGAAUGUGACCCUCUGUUGUUCUCGUUCAGACCCAGAGGAGAAGGUAGAGUCUGAGGUUAGUGAGGGCCAGGACACUGAGGGCACAGUGGAGGAUCCUCCUGGGGAGAAGUUCUACUAUGACAAAACAAAGUGCUUCUUUGACAAUGUCUCAUCUGAGAUGAAGUCUAGGUAAAAAAUAUGUACUUAAAAAAAAAAAAAAAAUUCUAUUUUCUGAAAGGUUAGUGAAUUAACAGGCUGUCAAUCUGUCCCACCCUGUCUCUCAGGAGGACCACCUGGGCAGAGGAGAGGAAGCUGAAUGUGGAGACGUUUGGUGUUCCGGGCCGAUUCCUGAGGGGCAGAGGAUUCCGAGGGGUCUAUCGUGGGAGGAGAGCUGGGAGGGCCAACCAGCGUCCCAUGCCUAAAGUAGACAGUGCAAGG